UUUUUAAAUAAUAAACAGAUUUAUUUUAUUAAAAACUAUAUUUAAAUGUAUUUAAUUUAAAAGUUUGUAUAUUUUAAAGAAAGAUUAAGCAGUGUUUUCUUUUAAUUCAUGCUACACGUCUUUAAAAUUUAAUUAAAAAAUUUUGCCCUUAUUGGUUUACUCAACUUUUGAGGUUAUUUCACUACAUUCAGUGUUAAAUUCGACUUUUUAUAAUUUUAUCUUCAUUUUUCUAUUUAAUUAGGUUCAAGGUAUGUUAAAAAAUAAUAUUUCUUUAAACAUUAUUAAUUUUGGGAAAGAUUAAAAAUUAAGAGUGUUGUAAUAAUAAACCUAACCUUUCUUGACUUCCUUCUGUCAAUGUGGGAUUUGCAACAAUGGCAGAUUCAAACAAUAUAAUUGAAGGAGAAGGACCACCACAGAAAACAGCUAAACAAUUGCAAAAGGAAAAGGAAAAGCAGGCAAAGCUUGAAAAAUUUAAGCAAAAACAGGAAAAGAAACUUUCUACAGCUGCUAAAAAUUCAACAGAAAAAGCUGAGAAACCUGAGAAGAAGAAAAAAGAAACGAAAGAAAGUGCUAAAUAUACAAUAAAUACUUCACCUGGAACGAAGAAAGAUGUUAAAUGUCAAAUGCCUGAUGCUUACAGUCCAGAAUAUGUCGAAGCUGCUUGGUAUUCCUGGUGGGAAAAAGAAGGAUUUUUCAAACCAGAAUAUGGAAGAAAAAGUAUAUUAGAAGAAAAUCCAAAUGGAAAAUUCGUAAUGGUUAUUCCCCCACCAAAUGUCACUGGUUAUUUACAUCUUGGGCAUGCAUUAACAAAUGCAGUCGAAGAUGCAGUCACAAGAUGGAAUCGAAUGAAGGGACGUACGACUCUUUGGAAUCCAGGUUGUGAUCAUGCGGGAAUUGCAACUCAAGUUGUUGUUGAAAAGAAACUUUGGAAAGAAGAGAAAAAAACGAGACACGAUUUGGGUCGAGAAAAAUUUGUCGAAAAAAUUUGGCAAUGGAAGAAUGAGAAAGGUGACGGUAUUUAUAAUCAAUUGAAAAGAUUAGGUGGUUCUUUCGAUUGGGAUCGCGCCUGUUUUACAAUGGAUCCAAAACUUUGUCGAGCUGUCACCGAAGCGUUUGUUCGUUUACACGAGGAUGAAACAAUUUAUCGAAGUAAUCGCCUUGUAAAUUGGUCCUGUGCUCUUAAAAGUGCAAUUUCUGAUAUUGAGGUGGAUAAAGUUGAACUUACCGGUAGGACUUUACUUUCAAUUCCUGGCUAUAAUGAAAAAGUGGAAUUUGGAGUUUUAGUGCUAUUUUCCUAUGAAGUUGAAAAUUUGGAUGAAAAAAUCACCGUUGCGACAACUCGAAUUGAAACUAUGUUGGGAGAUACUGCCAUUGCAGUGCAUCCUAAUGAUAAACGUUAUUCGCAUUUGAUUGGAAAAUAUGUAAAGCAUCCGUUUUGCGAUAGGCGUUUACCUAUUGUUCCUGAUGAAUAUGUUGAAAUGGAUUUUGGAACAGGUGCUGUGAAAAUUACUCCAGCACACGAUCCAAAUGAUUAUGAAAUUGGAAAGAGGCAUAAUUUACCGUUUAUCACAAUUUUUGACGAUGAUGGAAAUAUCAUUGGAGACUAUGGAGUUUUUACGGGAAUGAAGAGAUUUCAUGCAAGAAAAGCUAUUUUAAAAGAACUUACGGAGAGAAAAUUGUUUGUUGAAGUAAAAGAUAAUCCAAUGGUUGUGCCUAUUUGCAGUAGAUCUAAAGAUGUGGUUGAACCUCUUAUAAAGCCUCAAUGGUACAUUAAAUGUGAUGAGAUGGCAAAAAAUGCAAUGGAAGUAGUGGAAAAAGGAGAAUUGAAAAUUAUUCCAGAGCAAUUUAAAAAAACUUGGGAUCAUUGGAUGACAGGCAUAAGAGAUUGGUGUAUUUCACGUCAACUUUGGUGGGGUCAUCGAAUUCCUGCUUAUUUUGUAACUAUUAACGAUUCAUCAAUUCCAGUUGGUUCGAUGACUGAUAAUAAAUAUUGGGUCAGUGGACGAUCAGAAGAAGAAGCUAAGGAAAAAGCAGCAAAAAGAUUUGCAGUCAGCAUCGAUAAAAUUUCUUUAAAACAAGAUCCAGAUGUUUUAGAUACUUGGUUUUCUUCUGCUCUUUUUCCAUUUUCAAUAUUCGGAUGGCCUGAGGAGACAGAGGAACUUCGUGCUUUUUAUCCUGGAACGUUGCUAGAAACUGGUCACGACAUUUUGUUUUUCUGGGUAGCUAGAAUGGUUUUCUUUGGUCAAAAAUUAUUAGGAAAGCUUCCAUUCAAAGAAGUUUAUUUACAUGCUAUGGUGAGAGACGCUCAUGGACGAAAAAUGAGCAAAUCAUUAGGAAAUGUAAUCGAUCCUAUGGAUGUAAUUCGUGGAAUUUCAUUAGAGAAUCUUCAUAAACAAUUAUACGACUCGAAUCUUGAUCCAAAAGAAUUGAAACACGCCGUAGAGGGACAAAAACGUGAUUAUCCUCAAGGAAUUCCCGAAUGUGGAACGGACGCAUUGCGUUUUGCUUUAUGCGCUUACACAACUCAAGGACGUGAUAUUAAUCUUGACAUUCAACGUGUACAAGGUUAUCGUUUUUUCUGCAAUAAACUUUGGAAUGCCAGUAGAUUUGCAUUAACUUAUUUUGAGGAUGGAUUUAAUUUUGAAGAUGAGGCGAAAAUGAAUUGCACGAAUGGAAAUAUUAAGGUGAUGGAAAAUAAUGAAUGGCUCCUUUCAACGUUAAAUGAAAAAUGUGUUCAAAAAGCAAUUAAUGAAUAUCUUGGGAAUUUUCCAUACGCAGAUGGAUUUACUCCUUCACAAAGAGAUAUUGAACUUCAUAAGAAUUUUAAUUGCUUGAAAAGUGAUUUUUCUAAACUUCCACAUUUAAAAAGAUGGUUUAAUCAUUUAGAAACGUUCAAUGAUCAUGAAAGAUCAAGAUUUAGAGUUGAUUUACAAUUUCAUUGUAAAUCGAAUAAAAUUAAUUAUGGAUUUCAGUUGAAUGGUCAAGAAUCGAGAAUGGAUUUGUGGAUGCUCUCUAGAGUUAGUAAUGCAGCUAAAAUUUGUGACGAAGGAUUUGCUCAGUAUGAUUUUACAGCAGCAACAACUGCUUGUUACAAUCUUUGGCUCUACGAUCUGUGUGAUGUUUAUUUGGAAUGUAUUAAACCAAUUUUCCAAAAUGGCACCAACGAUGAAAAAUUGUCAGCUCAACGAGUACUUUUUAAAACAUUAGACGUUGGUCUUCGACUUUUAAAUCCUUUUAUGCCAUUUAUCACUGAAGAGCUUUAUCAACGUUUACCUAGAAAAAAUCAAAUAUAUCCCAGUAUUUGCAUUAGUCCUUAUCCAACUGCAUCUGAGUGUUCAUGGAGGAAUGAAGAAAUUGAAAAAGAAGUUGAUUUUGCACAGAAAAUUGUAAAAACAAUAAGAUCAACACGAGCGACAUAUCUUUUGCCAAAUAAAACAAAAACCGAAGCAUUUAUUGUUUGCAGUGAUGAAUCAUUAAAGGAGAAAAUUAAUCAAUAUCUAAUGAUGAUUGGAACAUUGGCCUAUUCUCAUGUACAAAUCAGUGAAAUUCCAACAGGUUGUGCAAUAUUAACUGUAUCUGAUAAAGUUCAGAUUCAUUUGCUUUUGAAGGGUUUGAUUGAUCCACAAAAAGAAUUGGAAAGACUGAAAAAGAAGGAAGAACAAUUAAAAGAAGCUGUUCAGAGAUUAGAGCAAAGCAUGUCAGCUGCUGAUUAUAGCACAAAAGUUCCGGAUGAAGUACAAAAGAUAAACGAUGAAAAAUUAUUUAACAAUAAAGGUGAAUUAGAUCAACUCACUGAAGCAAUGGAGACUCUUUUAAAAAUGUGAAAUUUAUAAAAUGAAAUUUCUAGUUAUCCCAAUUGUGCGUUUCAUAAAAUAUUUAUAGAAUAAAAUUUUUUCAAUUUCAA